UGAAGGAAGAGACAAAGACCAUGGAUGAACGAUCUAAGUAAUGGGAGGGAGAGGGAAGAAGAAACUAAAGGAAAUCAAGGAAAAUAUCAUAAACACAAAAAUGGAAAAAUCAUCAACGAUAGUGUCAACACAGGAGGAGAUGAUGAGCACCACUACUGAUGAUGUGGAAGUACUUGUAUUCGAUGCUUAUAAGCCCAAGCCUUGUAGCUCAUUCCUUGAAGCAGCAAUGAGAGCUCUUUUCAAGUGUUUCGGUGCUGAGAAGAUAGAACAAGUUGCAGAGUGCCCAGCUACAACUACAGAAACCCCACUAGCAGAUAUGCCAGUCUCCGAUGACCCACCCGCAAAUCCAGAAGCUGCUUCUCCUCCUAUUGAAACAAAUCCGGAGAGCUCGGAAGUUCCUAUCCUUACAAGUAGGCGAGGCCUCACCGACGGGUCUGGUGGUAAGAUUAACUCCACUUCCCAGGAUUGAUGAGCUGCAGUCUGCCACGUACAAAUUAAUCGUCUGCCCAAGUAUGGCAAUACUGGAGAAAUUAUGUCGACAUUAGACAUUAUUUAUCUUAUAUUUACCAAAUAUAAUUUUUUUUUUCUGCAUUUGGUUUUCUGUAUUAUGUAGUCCUUCUUUUCCUGUUCUCCAAUAAGGAGUACAUUAAUAAGUUUGUACUAGGCAUCAUCAUGGGAUGUAGUACAUAUGUAAUGUAACGUGUUGAUUUGUUUAGUUACAGAAUAACAGAAAUUAAGGGAGGUUUGAGAUUAA